GAAAAGCUAAAACCGAAUGGGUACUUUUCCUUAAGAAGUUAAAACCAAUGGCAAAGGUUAAUCUCUUGAACGAAAAUAAUGGGCAAUAGCUAGCUAUACACUAUAGCCAUGGCUGUUGUUGAGGUUAAUCCAAACAAUGCCUCACAAAACAGCAACCUCGGGAGCCCCUUUAACGUUAUUUACAUCAGGAACACAAACAAAGAGUUGCCCUCUCUUCCUCAAAUUCCAAAUCCAAAAAUCCAAAAUCCGCUUUCUGAACCGCAAAAGCCUCAGCUGCAUUAUGAACUGAAACAAGUUUUCCUCAAGCACGACGCCAGUAGAGAUGACCGCCUCAGCAAAAACGAGCUAUCUAAGGCCUUCGCCACCCUCGGUUCGCGCUUCCCUGCUUACCGAGCCUGGCUCGCAAGGAUUGAAGCUGAUCUAAAACCAUGAUGGGUACAUCAGUUGGGACGAGUUCGAUGCCCUCAUUUCCUACACCAUGAAGUGGUUGGACACUAAGUUUUAAUUUAUGCUUUGCCUUUUUCAAAUUUUCAGUGCACGUUCUAAAAUAAAUUGUUGAAUACUUU